UCAAGCACCUGAGCUCCACAUCGAUCAGUACCCACAGGACAGCCACUCCACUCUCAGCUCAGGGACUCGGUGUCAGGGCGACCCAAGACAGAAGAAUCAUGGAUUCCGUGACGGCGUCGACGACGGCGAAGCCCACCCUCCGAGUGGCCGCCUUCGGCGGCUCCCUCCGCAAGGACUCGUGGCACCGUGGCCUCAUCCGCGCCGCCGAGGAGCUGUGUGAGGAGUGCAUCCCGGGGCUGCGGAUCGACCACGUGGACAUCUCCGGCCUGCCCAUGGUCAACCCGGACCUGGUGACCGACGGCGGCGAGGGCUUCCCGCCGGCCGUCGAGGCGCUCCGCGACAGGGUCCACGCCGCCGACUGCUUCCUGUUCGCCUCGCCCGAGUACAACUACUCGGUCACCGCCUCCCUCAAGAACGCGCUGGACUGGGCGUCCAUGGGCGAGCACAACUGCUGGGCUGACAGGGCGGCGGCGAUUGUUUGCGCGGGGGGCGACUUCGGCGGGGGCAGGGCGUCGUUCCACCUCCGCCAGAUCGGGGUCUUCCUGGACCUUCAUUUCAUCAACAAGCCUGAGCUCCACGUGAGGGCGUUCGCGGACCCGCCCAAGUUCGACGAGGAGGGCAACCUCAUCGACGUCGAGACCAGGGAGCGGCUCAAGAAAGUGCUCCUAUCGCUCCAGGCCUUCGCGCUCAGGCUCCAGCCCAAGGACGACUAACUGAAGAUCCAUGAUACUUGGCACCGUGUACCGUACGUGCUGGUUAAUUUGCAUUUUCCUUCGGUUUGACGAUGUUCUGCUCCGUCCACUGGUAUUCAUGGUUUCGUGAAAUAUUGUAGGAAGUUAUACAUAUGAUGUAAAUGUUUUAAAAUUAUAUGUUGUGGCUAGGUCUCAGUCGACUAAGAUUUAACCAAGUUUCAGUCGACUGACAUAACAUAUAAAAUGAACUAAAAAAAAAAGAAAAUUUUGCACA